CAACAGACAAUUUUUUCAAGUGGCUGGAUCGAGGAGCUGGGAAAGACAUCGACCUUGAUGAAUGCUCGAGGGAACAGCUAAACAAAGAAGCAAGCAUCCUCAUUAUCUCUUGCAUUGGAUGAUCCUCUUACGUUUCUUUUGAACAUGAAGCAAAUAAUUUACCUUUCACCCGAACAACGAUUAAAUUAUUUGGUCAGCAUUGACGUCGAAGGGAAGCUUCGAUGGGCUCGCAACAACGUUUUAAUCGAUACAACUGAAGGCAAAUGGCAAGAUCUUGGGGAAGGCAAGGGUAUCAUUCCGCAAGAUGGCACUCGUCCACACCCCCCUAUCCCUCCCCCUCGCGAUAGUUUCGGGUCCUGGUCGUCUACUCCAUACCGGUCCCUACAAGAAAACGAAGCAACUCAUUAUACCAAAUCCCAAAAGGGAAGAACUCGACUCGGACGAGCCAUUCGUCGGCACUUCACUUUGAAAGGCAUGAUGGAUAGGCUAUUGAGAAAAACAGUGGGAAACAACACAUGGAUCUAUGUUGCAGUACGUCCCAAUUACUGGAGAUGCCUUCGAGCUAAUAAACGGUCAGGAUCGGAGCUGUAAGUCAUGGAUAAUUGUGACCAAUAACUUGUAUUCAUACGUAAUGCACUUCCAGUCAACAUAUUCAUUGGAAUCAAAGGUAUUGGCAUAUCUACGCAACUGCUCUAGGCUGCUGACGAUGUCAUACGUAGAAACGGGAUCGUUUCAGCAUU